AUGAGUAGCGUCGCCAGGAGCCACUCCGGGUGCCAGUUCCUGGUCCGGAUGGUGGCCGGGGGCGGGGCCGCCGCGGCGAAGCUGGUGUUCGAGGAGGUCGCCGGCGACAUCGUCCGGCUCAUGGUCCACAGCGUCGCCCACGAGGUCGUGGCGAAGUUGGUGGAGCACUGGACCGACGAGCAUGUCACGCACGUGCUCCAGACCCUUGCGGCGUCUCCCGACCAGAUCCUCGCGGUGGCCAGAAACCAUGCAGGGUCCAAGAUCCUGCAGACGCUGAUAGGCAGAAUGGCUGGGAAGCCCGGGCACGCUGAGCUCUUCACCAGCGCCCUCGCCCGCGCUGGCGAGCACGGCGUGACCUCCCUCGUGGAGCACGCGGACGGCAGCAGCGUGUUGAUGAAAUGCCUCGACACGUUCUCCGCCGAGCAGAACCGGCAAAACAGCUUCUUCCUCCACCGCGACAGGCACGGCUGCAACGUGGUGAGCAAGUGCAUCGACAAGGCCGCCGGCGACGAGCAGCUGCUCAACUCGCUCGCCGCCGCCGUGUGCACGGACGCGGUCGCGCUCGCAGAGCACGGCUACGGGAACUUCGUGGUGCAGCACGUGAUGGCGGCGGCGCCGGAGGCGAGGGGCUGGCUGCACGCGGCGUUCCGGGGGAGGUUCGUGAGCCUGUCGACGCAGGCGGCCAGCAGCCACGUGGUGCAGCGGUGCCUGGACGUCUUCUCCCCGGAGCAGGCCGACGAGAUCGUCGGGGAGCUGCUCAUACAAAUGCACAGCAUGCUACUGGAUACUAUCAGUGCGCACCAAAGCUUGCUGCGGGAUGACAGGAUCGCCAGGGAGGUCUUCCGGGAACUCCGAAGGUUAUACCGGUGA